CCGACCAUGUUGGGCGUGUGGUCCCUGCUUCUCUUCUGGGGUCUGGCCACUCCGUGCCAGGGGCUGCUUGAGACGGUGGGCACACUUGCUCGGAUCGACAAGGAUGAACUCGGAAAAGCCAUCCAGAACUCGCUGGUCGGGGGUCCUAUUCUGCAGAAUGUGUUGGGGACGGUCACAUCUGUGAACCAGGGCCUCCUGGGCUCAGGGGGCCUGCUCGGAGGAGGCGGCCUGCUGAGCUACGGAGGAGUUUUUGGUGUUGUCGAGGAGCUUUCCGGGCUGAAGAUUGAGGAACUCACACUGCCCAAGGUGUCUCUGAAGCUGCUGCCCGGGUUUGGGGUGCAGCUGAACCUGCACACCAAGGUGGGCCUGCAUGGCUCUGGCCCCCUGGGGGGCGUCCUGCAGCUGGAAGCUGAGGUGAACGUGUCGUCGCGGGUGGCGCUGGGCGUAAGCGCGCGGGGUACGCCCAUCCUCAUCCUCAAGCGCUGCAGCACGCUCCUAGGCCACAUCAGCCUGCUCUCGGGGCUGCUGCCCCCACCACUCUUUGGGGUCGUGGAACAGACACUCUUCAAGGUGCUGCCAGAAUUGCUGUGCCCCGUGGUGGACAGUGUGCUGGGCGUGGUGAAUGAGCUCCUGGGGGCCGUGCUGUGCCUGGUGCCCCUUGGGGCUCUUGGGUCGGUGGAAUUCACUCUGGCCACACUACCUCUCAUCUCUAACCAGUACAUAGAGCUGGACAUCAAUCCCAUCGUGAAGAGCGUAGAAGGUGACAUCAUCGAUUUCCCCAAGCCCCCCAAGCCCAUCAAGGUGCCCCCCAAGGAUGACCACACAUCCCAGGUGACCGUGCCCUUGUACCUCUUCAACACCGUGUUUGGGCUUCUGCAGACCAAUGGUGCCCUCGACCUGGACAUCACCCCUGAGCUGGUUCCCAGCAAUGUCCCCCUGACAACUACAGACCUGGCAGCUUUGGUCCCUAAGGCCCUGAGGAAGCUGCCCCCGGGCCAACAGCUCCUGCUCUCACUGCGGGUGAAAGAAGCGCCGGCAGUCACACUCCAGAACAAAAAGGCCACAGUCUCUGUCCCAGCUGACAUCCACGUGCUGUUCUACCUCCAUAAGGGGACCCCUGAAGCCCUCUUUGAGCUGAAUGGAGUGAUGACUUUAAAUGCCCAGCUGGCUCCCUCGGCUACCAAGCUGCACCUGUCCCUGUCCCUGGAACGGCUCAGUGUCAAGUUGGCCUCCUCCUUCACCCAUGCCUUUGAUGCGUCCCAUUUGGAAGAAUGGCUCAGUGAUGUGGUCCGGGUGGCUUACGUGCCGAAGCUCAAUGUGAACCUGGAUGUUGGAAUUCCUCUGCCUAAGGUUCUCAAUGUCAAUUUUGCCAAUGCAGCCCUGGAGAUCAUAGAGAAUGCCGUUGUGCUGACCGUGGCGUCCUGA